UCAAAUUUAUCACACAAAUCACGUUAUUUUGAGUAGUAGGAGGCGGCGUCUGAUACGAACUGCAGCUGUUUGAAGAAUAGGACCUGAGAUGUCUUCAGCAAUAAUACAAUAUGUGGUUGUUAGGGGUGAUCUUCUGAAGGAGUUGAAGUGGCCAGUUGGAGCUCUGAUAGCACAAGCUUGCCAUGCCGCCACAGCUGUGACCCAUUUAUACUAUGAAGAUGAUCACAUGGCAACAUAUCUAAAAGAUCUGGAUAACAUGCACACUGUAGUUCUUGAAGCGAGCGACGAGAGCUCUUUGAUGGGUCUUAAAUCUAAGCUGGAGGAGGCGGAUGUGAAGCACAAACUGUGGUUCGAGCAGCCCGAGAAUAUUCCAACUUGCAUUGCGGCCAAGCCGUAUCCCAAAGAGGAGAUCCAAAAAUAUUUUAAGAAAUUUAAAUUGUUCAAGGCGUAGACUUAUUUCGCAAUAAAUUAUUAUGUAUAUUA